AUGUUCGUGUCCCGGCUCCUGGAUUUCCAGAAGACGCGCUACGCCAGGUUCAUGAAUCACCGUGUCCCAUCCAACUGCAGGUACCAGCCCACGGAAUAUGAGCAUGCAGCCAACUGUGCCACCCACGCUUUCUGGAUCCUGCCCAGCAUCCUCGGCAGCUCCAUCCUCUACAUCCUCUCUGAUGACCAGUGGGAAACCAUCUCAGCCUGGAUCUAUGGCUGUGGCUUGUCCAGCCUCUUCAUCGUCUCCACCAUCUUCCACACCAUCUCCUGGAAGAAGAGGCAUCUCAGGACUGUGGAGCACUGCCUGCACAUGUUUGACAGGAUGGUGAUCUACUUCUUCAUCGCUGCGUCCUACGCUCCCUGGCUGAACCUGAGGGAGUUGGGUCCCUGGGCCUCCCACAUGCGCUGGAUCAUCUGGAUCAUGGCAUCCUUUGGGACUGUCUAUGUUUUCUUCUUCCAUGAGCGGUACAAGCUGGUGGAGCUGGUGUGCUACGUUAUCAUGGGCUUCUUCCCCGCCUUGGUCAUCCUCUCCAUGCCCAAUAGGGACGGCCUCCUGGAGCUGGUGUUUGGUGGGUUCUUCUACUGCCUGGGCAUGGUGUUCUUCAAAAGCGACGGCCGCAUCCCCUUCGCCCACGCCAUCUGGCACCUCUUUGUGGCCAUCGGAGCUGGCAUCCACUACUAUGCCAUCUGGAGGUACCUCUACCGGCCCGGAGCGCUGAACACCAAAACCUCCCUCUAG